UAAAGGCAGUGCUUUAAUGCCUUUCUAGUUGCCGGGUUAAUCCUUCCUUCCGCGAUAUCCAACUUAUCUACGUGGGGGGUCAUUAGACUCCAAGUAGAUCCGGAAAUGUUGAAUUCUCUCCUCUUCUUAUUGCGAUAUAAAAUGUUUUUUGUUUCAUUUCAUUUACAUUGGGAAAUAGAGAAACGAUCAUUGUGUUUUGUUAGUUUUAAAAACUUUUGAUAUAUUAGUAUUUUGCAUUAUAAGCAGUCAACCGAUUGACAAACUAGAAUUAUUUGAAUUCCGUGUGGAAAGAGCUCGGGUUAAUUUCGAGUGUUAUCUGCAAUCUAGAUGUUUAUAAAUCAUUUCAGUCGUUGAUAUAAUAAUUAAAGGUCGACUGAACAUGAAUUAUAUUAUACAAUUUAAAGCGCAUUUCUGUUUAUGCACGUGAACCCGUCUAACGUUAUUUUCGCAGUUAUAUAAAGUAGCAAAUUAUCGUUCCUGAAUAGGUGGCGCCGUGGUAGCGGAUCCUGUUCCUCUACUUCCGGUUUCUGCACUGUGCAACUAUUUCAGUUAUAUUUUUAAUUAACGAUGCCAAGUACUUGUUGUUGUGUACCUGGAUGUCAUUUAAGAGGAGGACAUGCAUUUCCAAAUGACUUAAAAAGAAGGAAAAGUUGGAUCAACGCCAUGGCCCAUACGCAGAUUGGACGAGAACACGAUGAUAUCGUGGAGUCCAUCUCAAUCAGCUGUUGUUUGCAAGGCACGUUUUACUGAAAAAGACUACGUGCAGGAAACUAUUCAUGGGCGCAAACCCACCAUACAGAGACUUAAGUCUACUGCAAUUCCCAGCCUAUUUUCCUGGACCAAGCAAGAGACUGAAUCGUCCACAAAAAGAAAAAUCAGGGAAGUUUCCUGUGAAAACAAAAGAACUAAACUUGAUGAAUAUUGUAGUAGAAAUCUAGAGGAAAGUUUUGAUUGUAAAGUUGGUUUUCCUGAAGAAGUCAUUCAUACUGCAGAAAGGAUUUAUGACUGUCCACCACCAACUGCCGAGCUAAUGUUGAGCUUCACAGAUGGAAUUACGCAAACACCAUCAAUGCCUAUGUUUUCAGCAGAGAAUUUUGAAAUGAAGACACGUGACACAGCCAUGCAUUUUUAUACCGGUUUAGAGUUGUAUACUAAAUUUUUAUUUGUUUUGACCACACUUGGUCCAGCAGCACAUUGUUUGAGAUACAUAUAUUUUCAAAUUGAUAGGGUGUCAGUUGAAAAUCAGUUUUUUUAUGACUUUGAUGAAAUUGAGGCAUCAUACAACCAACUUUGAACUGUCUAGAUUCUAGAUUGAAUCUAGUGUUAAGAAUAUUGUGUAUACAUGGAUUGUUUUUAUGUCUAAACAGUGGUGUGAGGCUAACACUUGGCCAUCUAGUGGUUUAGUCAGGUAUUUUUCACCAUCCAACUUCAAAUUAAAGUUUCCUACGACUUGGAUUAUUAUUGACAGCACAGAAUAUCCCGUGAUAAAACCUAAAGCUCCUAGAGCUCAGGCAACCUUUUCAUCAAAUAAAAACAGAAACACUGAAAAUUCUUGAAUGUUCGACACCUGGUGGUUUAGUCAACUAUGUCUCUAUGUCACAUAGAGCGAAUUAUUGGACUUGGCAAAACAUACAAAAUUCUAAUAAAUCCUAUGAAUGGAACUGAAACAAAACUUUCAUCUGAAAUAACAUUUAGUUGUUUUAUGUUGUGUAAUUUUAGAACUUGUAUUGUGCCAAAGGAUGCAUAAAUAAAAGUGACGCAAUGAA